AUGCCAACCACACGCGCAACUACACUGGCCAUGAGUGAGGACAUGGAGGAAGCUGCUCGCCCGCGCCCAUCGCGCUUCAAGGAGCAUACAAACACAAACAGCACCAUUCGCCCGCCGCCUGAGGAGCUGUGGAAAGACAUUCAGAUUGACGAUCUGAUUGAUCAGUACAACGAGGAGAAUGCGCAACCGCCCGUGUCGAGAAAAACUUCUGCGAACCAUGCGGCGCGCACAGCCAGACCUGCGCCCGCAAGGACGAACUCGGGCUCCUCGAACUCGGAUCGCUCUCGUGAGUCGUCGGCCCCAGCGCAGGCCAAUUCGGCCUCUGGACCGGGCGAGGGUACGUAUGCGCGCAUACAGCGCGCUUUUGCGUCCAUGUUCGGCAGCGUGCUGGGCAAGCGCAAGGCCGGUAGCAUGGACGCUGAGCGGGAUAGGGAGCAGCAGCUUCAUCAGCAGCUGCUUGACGAGCGCAAGAAGGCUGCUGAGAUUGCCUACUAUGAAGCCAAGGAUCGUGGCCUGCUUCCAACGCCAAAGGUCUUCGUUCGACCGGCCAUGGCUGCCAGAGCCAAUCUUCAAAACGCCGAGAAGAUGCAGGUCGGCUUGACGACAGAAUUGGUCGAGGCCGCAACUCCAAUGCGCAUACCAGGCACGCCACGGACGCCAGGUCUACACCACACGCCCAGCAAGAAGGACCUGCAGAAGCAAAAGAAGCUCAGCAAGCGCGUCUCGGACCUCGAAUUCAAGCUCGCCUCCGCCCGCAAAGAGCUCCACACUGUCCUCUACAACGACCUACCUCCCGCUCCUCCCGUCCCCAAAUUCGCACCACCCACCCCAGACGUCACCCAAAGCGAACACGAGCCCGCCUCCCCCGAAGCCCGUACCUCGACCUCGUCUAACAACGCCUCCACCGCCGCAAGAAGCAUGGGCCGCAUCCUCAAAAAGCGCAAAACAACCGCGGCUCACGACUCGGACACUGACUACAAACCCCUCCCCACCGACUCCGAAGGCGACACAGACAUGUUCUCCGUCCCUUCUGCCUCUGAAUACGAAGCCGAUCCCGACAACAACGACGAUAACGACGAAGAAGACGAGCUGUCGACCAAGCACGCUAAGUCUGCGUCUCGGAAGAAGAGCAAGAAUUCUAAGCGCCAAAGUUCUCGUCUCCGCAAGAAGUUCUCGAGAAGCAGUAUCAAGCGCGAUGAGCCUGUCUGCGUUGUCCCCGAUGGUGUCAAUGUUCCUGAGGUUCCUAGUUUGCCGCAAGAUGUGGCGGAUGAGGUUAAGAGUCGGGCGAGGAAGGGGAGGGAUGAUGGGUAUGGGGGGUUGGGUCAUGAGAUUUUUUGA